AAAAAUAUAUWUUUUUAAAGGAAUGUAGUAAAAAUAAUACGAAAUCAUAAAGUACAGAUACCCKAAAAAAUAAGCAGUUGGCCUACWUUAAAGUAUUUGUACUUAAGUACUUUACAUCACUGCUUUGUGGUAACUGCCCUCUGGACCACCAUAAUCACAACGUUUUUCAACUGGUCGUUCAUUAAUACCGUAAAGUCUCUCCCGCGCGUGAGAUACCUCUGCCCCGUAUUCUUGCACGGUAGUCUACUACAUACAUUAAGGGUGUAGGCUUUUCACUAGGAACUAAAUGGAACUAUUUUAUUUUGUCCAAUAGAAACUCUAAUUUUCCGUUUCUACAUUGUAGCUAUGAAUUCACCCUAUAUAAAUUGGCUUUAGCGGACGUUGUUAGUCACGCACCCACCGGCAACUGAAAAAGUAACGUUAGCCUACUCCAGCACUUCAAAAGUUGUAGCUGUUUCUCGCAAAGAUUUACAACGUCCAGGAACCGAGAUUACACACAGAUUAUCCAUGGCACGUGGUGGUACUGAAUGCGAUAGCCCUGUGGUGCAUAGGGAGAGGGAAUGCCAUACCAUGCAGAAACUCAAAUUUGCACAGGAAACGAGUACAUUGCCUAAAAWGAGCCAUGCGUUGCCGACCUGCACCAGUGAUGAUGGCCCUAUAGUUUGGGGGUUUUCUGAAGAACGACCCAUAAAUAAAAUAGGAAAAUCAACAAAUAAAAAAUGGUAUAACAAUGCAGAGCUAAAGCAGAGCCUUAGGGAGACUGGGGUGGAGAAAGGUGUAGAGGAAAAGGCAAGCACUGCAAAUGGGGAAAGUAGUGGAGGGAAUGUUGAAGAGUUGAAGGGGGAUAUAGCUGAAAAUGAACUGGAGGAAAAGAGUGAUGCUUUAGUUGUACAAGUAGAGUAUGUGGGUGACAAAGCCAGUGUGGAGUACAGAGAGGGAGAUGGUCUUGCCCCAGGGGGAGUAGAGGAGGUGACUGAGAUGGCUGCUAAGGUGGAGUUUGAAGAUGGGAUGAGAGCUGAGAUGAAAGGGGGAAAGGGGACAGACCGUUAUGAGUCAGGGGAGGAGGUCGUCGCUGAGAGGGCUGUGAAGAGAGAGAUUGAAGAGAAAGAUACAGAGGGAAAACGCAUCCUAGAGAAAGAACACAAGGUGGCUCCCAAGAGGAAGAAUAUAAGGAAACGCAGACGAUCAGCCAAACCUCAACGUGACAAAGAGGCAAAUUCCAGUGCUUCCUUUGUAGAGACCGUUCURUUAUGGCUGUUGACAGUUUUCCUAUGGUGGCAGGCCUUCUCGUCAAGGAAGUUCCCUUUGUCCGUAUGGAUUGUAUUUUUGAUAUUCAUGUCCAGGAUGGCAUGUGGCGUUGAGGGUCUCUUUAUUGAUACAAGCAACGAUCACUGGAAUGUGUCAUGCAUUGCAUGUAAGAGUCCUGAGUGUGCUGCUGCUGUGAAUAAGAUAUGGUGUGGGGAGGAUGAGCUGUUGAAGGGUUUACCGAUUCCACUCUGCACAAGCAUUCCUCAAAAGCCGAAGACUGCUUGCCACCAUGAUGGUCGGGCAUUUGUGCUUAUGGUUAAGGCGGUCAACGAGUGUAAUAUGGAAUAUUUGGAUAACCAUGUCUCCUCUGAGAAGACAGAGUGUCCACCAUUGUUGGAGGCUAUUCAAGGUAUAAACAGCAACAACACUUUGUCACCCCCACCUCUCAAUGGUUCAUCGUCUGUAGGCGUCAUUGUCGCAUCAGUUCUUACUUUCAUGCUGCUGUAUCUGCUUCUGCUCUUGCCAUGGUCUCCUGUAUUCUUCUGCUUAUUUCCUGGGCUUGAGUGCCUGACCCUGCAGGGAUUAUCCUGUUACGAGGUGACAUGGCUUUGUUGGUGUCAUUGGUGUCGUUGCAGUCUAUUUGAGUUAAAACACUGCAUCUGUCUCCCUACAGACAAAAGCAUCAGGGUGCCAGUAGAAACCAAGAUGAAGAGACUGAGAUGAGUGGUCUGAACAACGGUACCAAUCAGAAUGGAGGUCCUGCCAAUAGAGACAAUAAUGAAGAGGUGGCUGUGAACAUGCUUGAGAGCCCCCUGAGCCAUCGCCAGCAAUGAGGGCCCGUGGAGCUGUCUCUGGCAGCAUGGUUAGCAUAGAGACUAUGCUACUGAUUGUCCUUGCUCGUCUAUGAAGUGUUUUUUUUUCUGUUCAUGUCCAAAAUGUGGCACAUCUUACAUUUUCAUUUCAACAGAUAGUGCGUGUUUGUGUAACUCUUGUGUUUUCAACAUAUUUCAGUGCGGAACAUAGAUGGCAUAAGACCCUGAUUUUAUUGAUCAGGGAAAAGGGAAUGCAAAUUAUUAAGGGAACUGCUUUGGGGCUUCACAUUUUUUGCUUUUUUCCAUUCUAUGGCUUACUUGUUCAAAUAAAUAAAAGAAUGAAUGAAUGACA